CUUGCAUAAUAGUUUUCGUUAAAAUGGAGAGACAGCGAGAAAAAGGUAGAGAGCUAGAGCUAGAGAGAGCAGCACACAGAAGAGAUGCCGGUAGCAGCUCUGAUAGGGAGCGGAGAGACGGGCAUAGAAAUAAAGAUAGUUCUUCUAGAAGCAGAGGAAGAUCAAGAAGCAACAGCCCAAGAAUAAAAGAUAGGGAAGUUCAAGAAUGUGCUAGGGACUCUUCGGAUCGAUCCAGAGAAUAUGGUAAAAAAACAUAUGGGGAACAUCGAAAAGAUUUCAAAGAGCACUAUAGGGACCCAAAGCACAGGGAUCGAAUGCGAGAAAGACAGAAAGACUGUAUCAGAGAUGAACCAAGAGGAGAAAGAGCGAGGCACGAUAGGAUAAGACAGAGGGAUGACGAGAGAUAUGGAGAAGGUGGAGAAGGUGGAGAAGGUGAGCAGGCCGAUCGACAAGGAAAAAGAACCAGUGCCAGUGGAAAUAGUCUAGAUUCCCAGGCUGACGAUUCUCAUCACAGGAAACGGAAGAGAGGGAAUCGAGAUGAGGAGAACAUUGUACAGUAUGAGUUUGGAGGUGCAAGGAAGAAAGAGGAGGCUGGAGAGGGAGAGGGCGAAGUAGACAAGGACAAACCUGACUACGGUCUUUCUGGCAAGCUCACUGCUGAAACCAACACAUACCGAGGAGUUGUAAUCAAGUACAACGAGCCUGAAGAAGCACGGAUACCAAAGACAAGGUGGCGCUUUUAUGGAUUCAAAGGAGAAGAGACGCUACCCACAUUCUAUGUACACAGACAGUCGGCCUACCUGAUAGGAAGAAACCGAACAGUGGUGGACAUGCCCGUCGACCAUCCCUCGUGUUCCGGUCAGCAUGCCGCGUUACAGUACAGAUUGGUUGAGUAUGAAAAGGGGGACGGCACCACUGGCAAAAAAGUCAGGCCAUACAUCAUUGAUCUCGAGUCUACUAAUGGCACCUAUGUGAAUAACAACAGAAUUGAUACAGCAAGAUAUUAUGAACUGAAGGAAGGGGACAUGCUAAAGUUUGGGUUCAGCUCUCGAGAAUAUGUCAUUCUCCAUGAGAAUUCAGAACACGAGAAGUUAGACAUGGAGGAGGCAGGCCAAGAGAACACUAACGAUGAGAGUUGACAGCAUUAGUGCUGUUUGUAUAUUUUACUACGUAACAUCCUGGCUCUAUUACCAACCAGUACCAUUCUUCUCCGUACACAUUAUUAGAUUUUAGCAUGAAAAUACCACAUCCAAGCUAUCAUAUAAUGUCAUGGUGUGUUACAA